UAGAGUGGGGAAGAGCCUACGACUUCGAAGUGUGGACACCAUCAUUUGGAUCAACUCACAUUCAAAUACCUGCCAACUUCAAAAGGGGAAAAGGAAUUCGAGAGCUGAGCAAACCGCUCCACAAAGAAAAUUGGCACAGAAAGGAAAAAGAUAAAAGGAGAUUUAAAGAGGUGAGAAUACAUUUCACCAUGUCUUCUUUUGAGGCCCAGGGCCAGUCUCCUCCUCGGUGUGGCCCGCAGUUCCCCAGCCUGGGUCAGGAGCCCCCUGAGCUCAGCAUGUACAGUGACUGUUACUACCCUCCUCCCUCACUGCCGAGUCCUCAGCGUACCACUCCGACUUCCUACGACCUGAGCGACUACACCACCUCCUCCCCAAACCCUUACCUCUGGUUCAACGGCACCGGGAUCAACACACCGCCGUACUUGGCUACAACGGGCCCGCCUGGUAACCCAGGCCCCCCCUUUGUCCCCCAGCACUACGGCAUGCAGAGGCCUUACCUGGGUCCUGCUGGAGCUGGGGGCCCAGGAGGGGAGCUGAGCUGGUUCUCUCUUCCCUCACAAGAAGACCUGAUGAAGCUGGUCAGACCUCCCUACUCGUACUCUGCUCUCAUCGCCAUGGCUAUCCACGGGGCACCUGACAGGAGACUGACAUUGAGCCAGAUUUAUCAGUACGUUGCUGACAAUUUCCCCUUCUACAAUAAAAGUAAAGCUGGAUGGCAGAAUUCAAUCCGACACAACCUGUCACUCAACGACUGCUUCAAAAAAGUACCAAGAGAUGAGGAUGAUCCAGGCAAGGGAAACUACUGGACACUCGACCCAAACUGCGAGAAGAUGUUCGACAAUGGAAACUUCCGCCGCAAAAGGAAGAGGAAGUCUGAUUCCCUCUCAGGUGGAGAUGGCUCAGGGGCUCCGGAGUCAGGGGACAGCGAGAGGGGAAGCCCCAAACACUCAUCUGCCCUCAACAUGUCUCCCACGCCAGACAGGAUCCCCUCCCCUUCAUCGGCGGGCCCUGCUCCUUGCCUCAGCAGCUUCUUAUCCGAGAUGUCUGGAGUGACAGCAGCGAAUGAGGUGGGGGGUGAUGGGUUAAACAGGCCACUGCAGAUCAACCUACCUUUAGAUGGGCCUCAUAGACCUGGAACCUUUAGCAGCUACUCUCCCAAUCCAGGCGGCCCAGAGUGGGGACCACAAGUGCCAGCUCCCCCUGUGCUCUCCUCUUCACCCACCCAUUCCUCCCUAGGCUACACUAGCCCCAUCCUCAACCAGUACAAUGGGUCCAGUGGGCAUUUCUACCCAACACUUGGCUCGACAGGAAUCAUCUAUCAUCGUGAGGGCACAGAAGUUUAAUAAGACAUUGAAUGGGGGGUUGGGGGGGAUGUUUGGUUUUUGGUAAAGAGGAAAUGUUUCCUGUCUGGUCACUUCAGUUUGUUCGGUUGUGAAAAACACAGAGUGCGCUGACUGAGGCAGUUGAAGAUCACUAUACCGUGUGACACGCAGAGUAAAAAAGCUCUGAUUCCCACAGAAACAGCUGAGUCAGUAUCAAUGGACUACAAGUGUCCCUCCCUUAAAACCGCAGUCAGCCUCUCUAUCAGAUCCUCAGUCAGCUUUUAUUCGUUGUAAGGCAAGUCUCUAUCAGAUCUGACUCAUUACUAACAGAUCCUGGAUCCUAUCUGCUGACAACAGGUCAUUCCACACUGCUAUCUGAGAUUCUUUUGAUGGUAUCACCAAUACCAUCACAGGCAGCACAUUUAGAAUAGUAGUUGAAUUACACCAUUGUCUACAAAGUGUGUGAAGGAAUUAACUAAAGCUAGAAUUUCUUUCAUGUUUUUUUUGUAGGCCUAGUACUAAAGCCUAACAUCUGAUAAAGUUAGAGUCCUGGAGUCUGAAAAUCUAAUUUUAUUUUGUAAAUAUGUUCAUGUGUUAUGUAAUGUUAUGCAUUUUUAUUGUUGGUUUGUUGGUUAUUGUAAAAAAAAAAAGGUUCCUAAUGUAUGGUAUGCUAUCUAUGUUGUGUUUUUGAUAUGAAUAAAAGGAAUUCUAUACUUUA